CGCAGGGAAGGGGAGACGUGGGGCAGAGUGACCAUGAUGAAAUUAGCGCAGUGGCUUUGGGGACUGGCGAUCCUGGGCUCCACCUGGGCGGCCCUGACCACGGGAGCCUUGGGCCUGGAGCUGCCCUUGUCCUGCCAGGAAGUCCUGUGGCCACUGCCCGCCUACUUGCUGGUGUCCAUCGGCUGCUAUGCCCUGGCCACUGUGGGCUAUCGUGUGGCCACUUUUCAUGACUGCGAGGACGCCACACGCGAGCUGCAGAGCCAGAUAGAGGAGGCCCGAGCCGACUUAGCCCUCAGGGGGCUGCGCUUCUGACAGCCUGACCCCAUUCUUGUCCAGACAGCCCUUCCUCCCAUUCCCCAUUAAAG